AUGUCUGAUGUUAUUCUUUUGGACUGUUGGGCGAGUCCCUUCUGCAUGAGGGUGAAGAUUGCCCUGGAGGAAAAGGGCAUCAAGUAUGAAAACAGAGCUGAGAAUCUCUUUGGAGGCAAGAGUGAACUGCUGCUCACGUCGAACCCGAUUUACGCGAAGGUGCCAGUGCUGCUUCACAAUGGAAAACCAUUGUGUGAGUCGAGCAUCAUCGUUGGCUACAUUGAUGAGACCUGGGCUUCACCACCACUACUCCCAUCUUGCCCUUAUGGUCGGGCUCAAGCCAAGUUCUGGGUUGACUUCAUUGACAAAAAGUUGUUCGAUGCGGGCGGCAACAUAUGGAAAACCAAAGGAGAAGCACAAGCGGUGGCUGUAAAAGACUUCAUAGAGAUCUUAAAGCAGCUGGAGGGUGGUCUGGGAGACAAGGAUUACUUCGGUGGCGAUAGCUUUGGUUUUGUGGACAUCAUAGCGAUUGCUAUAACCAGCUGGUUUAAUGCAUUCGAAAGGUUUGGCAACUUCAAGGUUGAAGACCACACCCCAAAGUUUUCAGCUUGGAUUAAGAGGUGCUUGCAGAGAGAGACAGUAGCCAAAAUCAUUCCAGACCCAGAAAAGGUGUAUGAAUUUGUCCUCCUUCUCAAAAAGAUGAACGGUAUUGAAUAG